AUGGCAGACAAGAAUGCCGCUGCGGCAGGAGCGAAGCUUCAGACGAGGAUGAAGACGGGGAUGAGGAUGAGGAUGUAUGUAGACAGGGAUGAGAAGAAGGAGAUGAGAGAGGAGGACGAGGCGAGGUCGAGCAUGGGUCUGGGAAAUAGAAAAGCAGCAGAAUGUAGAUCACAGGAGAUGGUCCAUCGACGAACUUGGAAUGUGGAUGAAUAUCAGCGAAAAGCCGACGAAAGGAAAGCAGAGGAGAUGCUGAAAGUUGCGGCUGAUCCAGCAUCGUCAUCGUCUUACUCUGGUACCGUAAUCCGACGCGACGCCCUCGACAGGAACAGGUCGAGAGACGGCAAUGAUCUUCAGAUCGACAAGCUGGUCGGGAAGGCGAUUGUGGUCUCGUCAAACACACCCCUGGAGCUCAGUGGAGGCUUCUACUGCAAAGUCUGCAAGUGCUCGCUCAAGGACAGCAUGAGCUGGCUGGACCACAUCAACGGAAAGAAGCACAACCAGGCCCUUGGGAUGAACAUGAGGUGCGAGAGAGCAACUCUCGAGCAAGUUCAGAAGCGCAUGAGGGAGCAUCGGCCGUCGGAUCGCAAGAAGGCUACUCAGGAUGUCGACGACGAGGUGGCUGCUCUGGACGAGCUGGACUCGCGCAUUGCAAAGUUGCGAGAGGAGGAGGAGAUGAGCAAAGAGGCAAAGCGAGUGCUGAAGAGGCAGAAGAAGGAGGAGGAGAGGGCCAAGGAGAAGGAGGGGCUGGACGACGGCUUCGAGGCCAUGAUGGGCUUCGGCGGCUUCGGAGGGAAGAAGUGA